GACGGCGGGGCCGGGCCGGGCUCUGCCACCCCUAGCGCCGCAGCGGCAGAAGCAGCCGCAGCAGCGAGCCCAGCUUAGCGCAUCUCUCUCGCCCAUGCCAGGUGCCUGUCCCCGGCUGCGCGGCGACUGAGGAGCGAUGGGGCCUCUGCGGGAGAGCAGUAAGGAGCAGAAGACGCAGCUGGAGAGGGAGGUGUCCCGGAGCCGCAUCCCCCGCCUCGUCCUGCGGCCGCAGCCAAAGGUAUCUCCCGCUUCCGAGUCUCCCUUUUCGGAAGAGGAGAGCCGGGAAUUCAACCCGCCCAGUUCCUCCGGGUGCUCCGGCAGAACCAUCAGCAGCAACAGCUUCUGUUCAGAUGACACUGGCUGUCCUAGUAGCCAGUCAGUAUCUCCAGUUAAGACUCCUGAUGCUGGGAACAGUCCAAUCAGUUUUUCCACUGGCAGCGAUGGAGACUUCUCCAGGAAGAAAUUCAGUCCAGGGACAAUGAGUGAAGGGAAUCCACAGCUGGCUCGGUACAAGAAGGAAACAAAGUCAAGCCUUGUAAAGCCUGGAUCACAGGCUGCCUUCUCCUCCCCUCCAUCAGCACGGCAGUUCUCAGCGCCCGAAGUCCAUAUGUCAGCUGCUGGAAGCAAAAGAUCAUCUUUUUCCUCUAAUCGUGGCCCUUAUGGUCGGAAUAAUGGAUCCUUAUCCUACAAGUCCGGAGCCAGCCCACCUGCUAACCGCGACAAGGACCCUUUGUGCAAGAACCAGCUGAGUCCUGCUAACAUCCAUCAGGGCUACAGGGCUUCUUCAGCCAGCAGCAGCAACUCAGGCUCAUACAAAGGAAGUGACAGCAGCCCAGUCAUGAGGCGAUCAGGGAGGUACAAUUCUUGUGAUAGUCACAGCAUGAAGCCACAAAAUCCCGAGCAGUACUUGACUCCUCUGCAGCAGAAAGAAGUUACAGUACGGCAUUUGAAAACAAAGCUGAAGGAAUCUGAGAGCAAACUUAAAGAAAGGGAAACAGAAAUAGAAGAGCUCAAAGCCCAGCUGGGAAGGAUGAGGGAAGACUGGAUUGAAGAAGAGUGCAAUCGCGUGGAGGCAGAGCUGGCCUUAAAGGAAGCGAGAAGCGAAAUCAAACAACUCAAACAGGUUAUUGAAAGCAUGAAAAGCAGCUUGGCUGAGAAAGACAAAAAGAUCCAGCAAUACUUCACAGACAUAAACAUUCAAAACAAGAAACUGGAAUCCUUGCUACAGAGCAUGGAGAUGGCUCAGAACGGCUCCGUGAGGGAUGAGCAGUGCCUGGAGUACACAUGGGACUCAGACGGGAAGCCCUUAGCGGUGUGUGCCAUGAUGCCAGACAGCCUUAAUGCAGAGCACCAGGCUUUGGAGGAGGUGGCAGGGAGUGGGCUGCUUCUUACUGAGGACACAACUUAUGGGACUGAUGCAUUUGGAGAGAGUUUGACCAACACAGCUUCUGAGUUGUGUGAUCCAGCUCUCUCCCAUUUUCCUGUGAAUAAAGAGAUGCUUGGAAGUGUUUUGGAUGGAAAAGUAGCAUCUUCCUGGAUGGAAGAGAAGAGCAGCAACGUAACAGCGGAGCAGGCUGUCCAGACUGACGUGGUGCCAUAUAGCCUGGACGUGGAGCAGCUCAUCCAAAACAUCUUCAGAGCUCAAGAUACCAGUCCUCUAAGCCCACCCUCUUCACUGAAGGAAUUGGGUGAAUUUUCUUUUGGAAGCUUCAGUGAUUCUGGUGUCAUAGUGGACUUAACUCCAAGUGACCCAAACUCUGCCAUCCUUUUGUCUCCUAUGGAGUCUCCUUGCAGGAAGGUAGAGCAUGGGGUUAAUAGGAGCCAUUUCAUGACAGAACUUGAUUUUACAGCACCUCAUGAUGAUGAAACCUUUGGCUAUGUCAAUACUUCCUCUCAGAUGGGAAUAAAGAGGAGAUACUGGAGCAGCAGUCUCCUCAGAGAUGUCCUGGCUGUAGCAGCCCCUGUUGUACCAACUAUCAUGUGGGCUUUCAGUACUCAGAGAGGAGGAACAGAUCCCAUUUACAAUAUCGGAGCGUUGCUUCGUGGUUGCUGCCUUGUGGCCCUGCACUCCUUACGCCGUACACCCUUCAAUAUCAAAGCCUAAAGCCCACUUUGUCCCUGGGAGCCAACUGGCAGAGGCAGAAAGAAAGAGGGCUGAGAUAGAUGGUUAAAAAGUUCUUGUAUAUCCUGGCAGAGUCCAUCAUUUUGCUUUUGACUCUUUGAUUUGCACUAUAAAUCGGUUCAAAAACACGUUCCUUGUUUCAAAAUGAAAAGGCUGAACCCUGUAGUUCCCCUGGGUGUUUGUAACAGUACUGCUGCCUACAGAAAGAGUCUUCCUGCUCCCAGGCACCUUGGGCCUUCCCUGCACUGGUGCCAACACAUCUUCACAGAGGGCAAGAGCAGUGAAUUACAGCUAGCACUCUUUGUUGGGCCUUUGGCUGAGUUUAAGGCAGUCUCUUUUCCCUAGCUGGUUCACUGGGGGAACAUGUGAGUGCUUUGCACUGGCUCAAGGGUAGCACAAGAUGCAUCCAGGAGCAAAUAGGAUUUCUGUAGGCAGCACUAACUGAAAACGUUUCUGCAACUACAGUAUUGAGUGAGAUGGAGUCUUGUUCCCACUGAGAGUAUCACACACGUGCUCCAGAAAGCAUGCUAGCGCCUUCCAUUUGUUGUCCAAGGUGUCAAUUCAACUCAGAGCUAAUACUUAUCUUCCCCAGGCAGCUUCCAGCACAUCAUUCGUGCCUGUCCUCGUGUAGUGCUCUUCUCAGUCGUACAAUUGCUUGAGCAUUUCACUGGUUUUACGCAUAUAGGGGGGACUGUAACCAAAAAUGUACCUUGUUGGGAGUCUUGAAACGUGUUACAAAGAUCAGUAUAGGUGUGGAGACACUUUGAAUCUUAAUGUCGUUUUAAAGUCUUAAUGUAUUGGAACCCAAUAGUCUUUGGAGCCCUUUGAAAUACUAUGUAUAAAUGUACUGUAUUUUAACUUAUUGUUUUAUUUAAUUGCUUUAUUGUAAAUUACCUUUAUAAUCACGAGUUCAGUAAAGCAUGUUCGAAAUGUCAAA